AUGACAAGAAAUCGCCUGUCCCUGUCGCUUCCAGUGCUCCUGGUCCUGGUGGCCAUUGCCCAGGAAGCCAGAGCAUUUUCUCAGAACUCUGAAAUGAUCAGACAACGAACAAGAAGAACACAACUGUCACAACCACAUCAUAACAGCAAUGGACUCAAGACAUGCAUGGAUGCCAGUACCACUCCCUUUUGGGCGACAGUAGAACACACGGCUGUUCCCUCUUUUACCAAGACUGCCACUCAUCAGGAGCAUGACGCUGUCGAAGAACGCAUCAACAGUGACAGCACCACCAAACGCCACAUUGAGGUCAUUGUGGCGGCCAGUGAAGCGACGCACCACCACAAGGCUGUGGUAUCCGCUACGGCACAACAGUGGCAACGACGACGAAAAUCAAAGCGCAAUAGCAAGAAAUCCAACCACAACAAGAGCCGUCUCAAUCCUGCCAUGGGAGAUCCCGCCUUUCUCCGCAAACGCACCGAAAAGUUACUGGCAUUGGAUACCACCACUACUUUUGGUGGUGACAGCCAGAGCCACAACCGCAAUACCAUUAGCAGUCGCGGCAUGAAGGUCAAUCGCAACACGUUUCAUUUCCUCAUUGAUGCAUGGGCAUUCUCAGGAGAACUCGAUGCCACAACACAAGCCAUGGCCCUCCUGAAAAAGAUGGAACAACUCUCUUUUACAGGAGGAGGUAUGGCCAGUGUCAUUCCCGAUGUCCGAUCUUACACCAAAGUCAUGAACGCCAUGGCACGGUCGGCGACUCCUCGGGCCGGUGAAAUGGCACAUGAAAUCUUGGACAAGAUGAACUAUCUGUAUCAGUCGGGAGAAAACGUGGCCGUUCAUCCCAACACGUUCACGUACACGGCCGUCGUCGAAGCGUAUGCCAACAGUGGAGACGCUCACAACGCCGAACGCAUUUGCGAACGCAUGGUCGAAUUGUAUUUGCUUGAUGACGACCAAGAUGUCCGACCCACUUCUCGCGCUUUCAAUGCCGUCAUUAAUGCGUACGCCAAACGCGGCGAUGCCGAACGAGCCGACGAUGUCUUUCGACGCAUGGAAUCCGUCUAUCUCACUACUGGACUAGAACAAGUCAAGCCCAAUGCGUACAAUUACAACAGUCUCAUCUCGGCGUGGGCCAACUGUGGACAAGAGGGAGCCGCGCAACGAGCCGAACAAGUCUUGGAGCGAAUGGAAGCGGCGUACAAGGGUGGUGACGAUGAUGAUGAUAGUAACUUGAAAAUGACAAUGAAACCAACCACGGUCACUUACAAUGCCGUCAUUGAUGCCUACAGCAAGGUACGCACGCAUCAAGAUCCACAGCAUCAACAGCAACACCAUCAGCAGGACGAGUAUCAGUGGGACGAUGACAUGCCGCAGCAACAGUACAGUGCCGAGCAAGUGGGAGAAAAGGCAGAGAAUAUUCUUCGGCACAUGGAAGCCUUGUACAAUUCGGGCGAAAACGUAGAUGCCAAACCCAAUGUUCGUUCCUACAAUACCGUCAUCAAUGUGUGGGCCAAGUCACAGUCGGAUAUUGGAGCCAAGAGAGCCGAAGAAAUUCUGGAUCUCAUGGAGAGAAUGUUCAAAGGAGGAGAUAGCAGUGUGGCGCCCGAUGUGCACAGCUUCUCUACCGUUAUCAAUGCCUGGGCACGAAGUCAAAAGGAGCACAAAGCGGAUCGCGCCCUGAACUUGCUCAAAGAAAUGAAACAACUCUACAGACAAGGAAACGAAAACCUGAAACCCAACGUGGUCGUCGCCAAUGCGGUCAUGAAUGCAUGCGCCUACACAAUGGGAGAGGUUCCGGAACGAAACCGAGCCCUAGAGAUUGCCCACAAAGUGUUGAAAGACCUAGAGUUGGGCGAAUACGGCAAUCCAGAUCAAGUAACCUACGGAACCUUUCUCAAAGUGUGUGCCAACCAAAUGCCGGAAUGCAGUACGCGGGAUCAGAUUGUCGACAUGGUUUUCCAAAAAUGCAGCCGAGAUGGGCAAGUCGGCGACCUGGUACUGCAACAACUCAAGACCAUUGUCACACCACAAAAGUAUUUUUCCCUCGUAGGGAUUGACAUGUACGAUGAACAUCAAAUGGAGGACCUACCUCGUGAGUGGUGGUGCAACGUGGUAGAAGGCAAGUGGAGGCGUCGUCGAAACUUUGAAGGUCCUCAGCUGUAG